AGUCUGUUGGAGACUGGACUUGAGACCUUGGGAAUUCCAGUGGAAAAGGAACCGCAAUUGUCGCUAUCUGCUGUUACUGGUGAUGUUUAUUUAACAAAUUGAAGGGAAAAUAAGUGCUGUCAGUGGGUAAUUGUUUAUUGAGGGGUUUAAUCAUGAGGCUGACUGCGAUUUUGAUGCAUUGGAAGAAGAAGCCAUCUCCGGGACAUGUUUGGAGAGGAAAGCAUCGUAAAGUGAAAGAUCCCUCGUUUUUCGAUUUAUUGACUCUUCGCCACGACUUCCAGCGAGAGGAACGCAACAUGCUCUUCCUCCGGCACCCUUACCUCACGAACGAACAGUCCCACGGCCACAUGAAGGAGCUCAAGGUCCCGCCGAACUUCCGGGCAAUGAAUCAAGCUGAUAGGAACAAGAGAUUCGAUAAACACUUCACUUGGCAGGAUCAGUUGGUUCAUCUGAGAACUACCGAUCGCUGGGAAUAAUUUAGUUGUGUCAAGAUGAAUUAACAAAAUAAAACCAUUGUAUUAUACUCAUUAAACAACAUGUCCUUAUUAA